UUGGAGAUGAGCAGAAGCCAAAGAGAGAACGAAGCGCUAAAAACGAUGUUACUGCUGAUGGAGGGAGAGCUCAGGGCUGUGCGAGGAUACGGAGAGAGAACGCCGGGAAAUUCUCUAAACAUCUCUUUUGAAGUUCAGGUUUGCGAUGAAUCUAGAGAAGCACAAAAACGCACGGGAAGUGCUGUCGCCGUAGAGAGAGUCUUUGGGGAGGAAUUGAGCACAGGUCCGACCAAAGACGACGAGAACGUCCCAGUUGAGAGGAAAAAUACUGCGCCCGAUGUCUUGGAUAUAAAGUAUGAGGUAGCUAGUUUAAAGAAAAUAAAAAAAAUAAUGGAUGUGAAUUGAAGGUACAAUAGCAACACGUUACGGUUCAAACGCGAGGCCAGCUUCCGUCCACGGAAGUGCUGUGCGCCGGCGGUGCGCUCUACCGCUGACCGUUUUGCGCAACAAGUGUGUACCAGCCGAGCGAGCGACACAAAUUAAGUACGCACCUGGAGUGCCACCGACUGCGGUCAGUGCAGCAUGGAAAUUUCACCAUAUUCAGCUGUCGGCUGGGAUGCCGCACAGUAAAGCAUUUUCCUUGCUGCUACUGCCCCAAAAUGUAUAUUAAACGGUCUGAUUUAAUGAAGCAUCUGACCAAGUGCCAGCAGGACAGUCAACCAUGCCCUGAAACCAGUCCACCAGUCCCUGCCUCGGCCCCCGCAGGACAGACGGCCCCCUUGGCCCCCGCAGGACAGACGUCCCCCCCAGUACAGACGGCCCCUGAAGUACAGACCCCUCCAGCACAACCAAAGCUGGUUCAUUGCCAAAAAUUAAGGAAAGUGCAGUGCCCUCACUGCACUCUGUGUCCACUGAAGCGGAAGCUGAAAAAGCACAUUCUGAGAAGUCACGAAAGUGUCUCCAGUGACGUCAUUUUGUGACCUUAUUCUUUAUUGUAGAUUUCACCAUAUUCAUCUGUCGGCUGGAUCGGCGCACAAUUAAAAUAAAAUUAAAAUUAAAAAACAAAAACAACAACAACAACAAAAAAAACAUUGCUGCUAUUGCCCCAAAAUGUGUAUCAAUCAUUCCCGGAUCAUGCCUUGAACUGAAGACGCACAAGGAGCAGCACAGCGCGGGGAAACGGUUCAGCUGUUCAGAGUGCGGCAAGGGUUUCACUUCCUCCAGCGUCCUGGAGAAGCACGAGCAGGUUCACAGCAGGGAGAAACCGUUCGCCUGCUCUGUGUGAAUAAUGCAUAUUAAGAUGACAAACACCCAAUCAAGAAAGAACAGCUUGUUAAAAUUAUUCAAUGGCAAUAGGGGCUGGCACAAAAACCAGCAAACUCAGGAGUUUGGAAACCACUGAUAACCACUGAUAGUUACGGAUUUGACGCUUUAACCUGCAGAAGAACCUAUGCACUUGUAAAUCGCUUUGGAUUAAACGCGUCUACCAAAUGACUAAAAUGUCAAAUGUAAGUGAAAGUGUCAUACACAAUGUCAUACACUCCGGUAGAGUAGGGGGCGAUAUGCACCUUAACGUACUGUUGAAUAUCUCAAUAAGCUUAAAGAAGAUAACUCUCUUGCAGAGUUUUUCCGCUGGACGGGUUUAUUACGGAUGUGUUGUUUCUAGACAGUUACAGUAAUUUCCAAGAAAUGUCGUCUUGUGCUUCUUUUCAGGUUCAGGUGGCCUCCAUAAUGGAGGUUUUAGUGAAAACGGCAGCAGCAGAAAUUACUAAACUAGUUGAUGAUGGGUCUGCUGCCUUGCGAUUGGAGAUGUGCAGAAGCCAAAGAGAGAACGAAGCUCUAAAAACGAAGUUACUGCUGAUGGAGGGAGAGCUCAGGGCUGUGCGAGGAUACGGAGAGGGUACGCCGGCCAAUUCUCUAAACCUGCACAGCUUAUUACAUGAAAAUGUCGCACUUUUCAUUGUUUUGUAUGUAGCAUAUAAAAUGUUUUAUAUCUGGUAUAUAAAAUUGAUAUCUACUUUCGUUUUGGAGAAAUGUGGUCCUAGAAAUCCCGCCAUCUUGGGGUGUUAUCUAUAUCUAUAAAGGUAAACCUAUCUUUAGCGUAAUUUUAUUUGUAAAUAAGAUUAGUUUUGGGAACGCUUUCUAGUCUAUGGGAUAUACACGUGACUACGAACAUUCGCUGAGAUGUGACACACGGGCUGUGUCCGAAAUGGCUCACUAUUUACUAACUAGCAAACCAGAUUGCAUCUUGCAUGUAACUGGCAUCUUGUUCUUGUGUCCGAAUUCAAAAAUACAAUUGUAUUUACACUUUGAGGGCACUUGAAAUAUCAGUCUAGUGAACAACCAUGGUCCACUUAACUGCCCUGGUCACUAGAAAGGUGCAUACGAACCACAGAGGUUUGCGACCAGCAUUUCCCCUAACUUCAUUAUACACAAACCUGUUUUCAUUCUCCUUUUAAGCUGUCGAGAGUCGAUGGCGCGGUCCAGGAGAAAUUCAAAUUAAAGAACGGUCUUCUGGGUUUUGCCACGUUGAUGAAAGAAGUACCAUUCAGCAAGUACAACUACCCUCAUAUAACCUAAUAUACUGUGUUCAUUAUUCAAUAAUCCAAACCCCUGUUCGUCCGGUAAGUGGCACUGUUUGUUAGCGAGCUAAAACGCUAUAGCGUCUUAUAGUUGACAGUAACGUUAUCUGUGACGAGUGAGUAGGUUACAUCCAGUUUAUCGACUAAACGCGUCAACAGCGUUCUUCCAAACCUGUGAAAUUUUCGAAUAUAAAUGUGUAGGGGGAUGUGUUGUAGAUGUUUACUCAGUGAAAAUGCGUCUUUUACAUGUCCCACACAUAAAAUAAGUCAAGGCCAUGUCUUAAAUACGUCUGCUGUCCGAAUUCACUGUUUAUUUAGUAAACUAUAUAGCGCACUGAAUGUACAUUCACUAAUUAUGGAUGAGUAAUUAGUCAAUGGUGAGCAAUUUCGGACACAGCCAUGGAAUAUUCAAUUUGAUCUUUCUGGCACAUACAGACUUCCGGAAACCAAUGUCGGAAAUGUAACACGUCUCUGUACCUUGGGUAUGUUGGAAGUUAAAUCCUAGAAAGAGUUCGCUUUGGUUCUCCUGGAUUUUGUCUUUGCAACACUUUCAACUAUCCUAACUUCAUACAUUUCCACAUACCUGUAACACCCCUUUUAUCUGAAAUGGAUUGCAAUUACCAGUAUAGUCUCUGGGAAUAUUCCACUUUUUAAACAGGGUUUAAUCUAUUACUGCAUCAACCCUUCAUCAACCUUUUAAAAAUGUAUGUCUAAUUUCAAAUCACAGCAUCGAGCAAUGACUUGCUACAUAGGAAUGCUUUGUAAUGUAAAUUAAAAUAUACAGUGGCUUCAGAAAGUAUUCAGACCCCUUCACUUUUGGCACACUUUGUGUUGUGGGUUUAAUUUGAAUGGGCAGUGCCCUUCAAUCUACGCUCAAUAACCAAUAAUGACGAAGUGAAAACAUGUUUUUAGAAAUGUAUGCACAAAGAAAUCUCUCAUUUACAUGAGUAUUCAGACCCUUUACUGUGGCACUACAAAUUGUGGUCAGGUGCAUCCUAGCCAGGAGCAGCCAAUCACAGUUGGACAGGUCAGUGAGGAGAAUACCUGUGGUAAUAUCCCAUGGGGAUUAAUAAUGAUAUGUUUGUAAUUAGUCAUUACUGGUUAUCGUUGCUAAGGACUUCAACAACAUAUCAAUUAACUGCAGUUGAGAUUUCAAGAUUUAUGUUUUUGUGCAGGCACUUCAGGGGCAGCUGCUGCUUACAGGACCCCUCUGUAAGGAGGAGGAGCUGCACAUGCAGCCCUGCCCUGCAGGAGUCCCAGAAAAGGAGCUGCAAGCAGAACUCAAACAGGAGCCAGAGGAGCAGCCUCUCACCCCCACACUCCCCCUGCUGGAGUCCGCAGACUGGGGGCUGGAGCUCCAGUGUGUGUGGAGCGUGGCCAAAAGCUCAGAAAUUGUUUGGGGGAAAAACGGAGCGCGUGGUGGAAGCCCGGAGAAGGAUGAGGGGCCAACGUCACACCUGGUACAGAAACAAAAUGCCCACCCGCAAGAGAAGGAAUGCUGUAAUGGGCUGCCUGAUGAGGUUUCAGCAGAGAUGCCGUUCCCUCUGGGUUCUCCAGGAGAGUGUGAUGGAAGCGCCCCGUGUGAGGCGAGUUCUGACACGUCAGCAGAAGCGACGAGUCCCUGCAGAAAUGAGGGACAGGAGGAGGAGUUCAUCUGCACACGCUGUGGGAAGACGUUCCCGGACGCUCUCGAACUGAAGACGCACGAGGAGCAGCACAGCGCGGGGAAACGGUUCAGCUGUUCACAGUGCGGCAAGAGCUUCUCCCAGUCAGACGUCCUCAAAGCGCACGAAAGCAGUCACGCGGGGCAGGAACUUCACGUUUGUGCAAAGUGUGGAAAACGCUUCAGUUGUGAAGACUUCCUUAAAGCCCACCAGUGUGUUCACACCAAAGCGAAACCCUUCGCUUGCGAGCAGUGCGGAAAGUGUUUCUCCAAGAAGAGCCAUCUUAAAUUGCACCAGGUGACUCACACUGGAGAGAAAUGCUUCAGCUGCACAGUGUGCAAUAAGAGCUUUGCCUAUCUCCAUGUUCUUAAGCAACACCAGAAAGUCCACACUGGGGAGAAACCGUUCACUUGUGAGCAGUGCGGGAAGAUCUUCGCCCAACUUGGUAAUCUUAAAACUCACCAAAGGGUCCACACCAGAGAGAAACCGUUCACUUGUGAGCAGUGUGGAAAGUGCUUCUCCGUGAAGUGUAAUCUUAAAAUUCACCAGGUUACUCACAUGGGAGAGUGCAAUAAGAGCUUUUCCCAUCUCCAUGUUCUUAAGCAACAUCACACAAUCCACACAGGAAACUGUUCACUCUGGGGAAAGCCAAGCUUCAUUUGCAAACUUUGUAGGAAAUCUUUUGAUAGUGUAGACUCCUUUAAACAACACAACCUGAACCAUCCCAGAGAGAGAUCCCACUGCUGCAAUAAGUGUGGGAAGAGCUUCACCCAACGAAGUUAUCUUAAAACUCACCAAAGGGUCCACACGGGGGAGAAGCCCUUCACUUGUGAGCAGUGUGGAAAGUGCUUCUCCCAGACGAGCAAUCUUAAAACUCACCAAAGGGUCCACAUGGGAGAGAAACCAGAAUCGCACUCUUCAGAGACACGUACUUUCUCACAAUCAGGACUCCAGACUAACAGCAUCCCAACGUCCCGGGGUGAUAAAUAAGGUGUUCGGGACAAACUGAAAUCAUUCCCAGGACACUUUUUAAUUUUUUGUCAAAUUUUUUUUUUUUUCGUUUGUCACAUUACUCUGAGCCAGUUCAGCACCCAUCCCCUCUCACUGGCCAAUAGUUGGCACUGGUUGACCCGCAAAAAUAAUAUCUCUGCUAAAUUAAUUCCACUGGCCAACCUUCCUUGUUGUACAAUCUAGACUGAGAGUAAGUUGGCAACUGAACAGACAAGACAAGGAAGAGGGUUUUUAUUUAUUAUCGACUUUGAUCGCCACACAAUCUUUUUAUUAUACUGUAGUCAGCAGUGCUUGAGUGCCACUUUAUUUGUGCAGAUAUGUUAUUUUAUUUUUAUUAUGUACCACCACUGGUGCAUAUAGGUACACAUACGACAGUUAUUUUACGACAUUAAGUCUUUGUUUUAGCCUGCCAGUGUGGAUACAAAAUGUGCUUGUUGGAUGUGUGUCAACAAUCACUAUGAAUGACUGAAUAAUGAUGAAAAACAACGUUUUAACUUUUGGACGGUCCACAUUCCCUUCUGGGUGGUUAAAAAGUGAUUAAGAAACUUUGGAGCAGUAAAGCAAGCAAGAAACAGUAAAGAGUAAAUCCCAGCAUACAUUGGGGGAAAGGCAGGAAUACACCCUGGACAGGUCGCCGGUCCAUCACAGGGCACACACCAUUCACUCACACACUCAUACCCAUGGACAAUAUAGACUCUCCAAUCAGCCUAACCUGCAUGUCUUUGGACUGUGGGAGGAAACCGGAGUACCCGGAGGAAACCCACACGAACACGGGGAGAACAUGCAAACUCCACACAGAGAGAAAAUCUUCAGAAAUCUUACAUUUUCAGAAAAUCUAAACCUUGAAAUUCAAGAUGACGGUCAUCGCUGAUGAUGAAUAUCAGAGCUACUGUGGGCUAGAAUUAUGAAUAGGUUGUCCUUUGUCACUAAUUUCAUAUCAAUAAAUACAAUGCUGAGUUUGUU